AUGUAUCGCCCUUCGACCCGAAAUAUUGUCCCCUCUCGAUCGGCUUUACGGGUUUUACGACGAUUGGCCUUAGCUGGCUCGACGGCUAGUGCUAUUGGAAGCGUAUGCACUGUUGCUACGAUAACGUACGAAGUAAACCGGAGAGUCAAUCUCGCGGAACACCUGGUCGAGCAAAAGCGAACACUCGAGUCGUCAUGUCCGAACUACAGCACAUCAGGACGAGGGCAAGCGGUGGAGAGGAUGAUGCAGGCCGCAGAAGCCGGAGAAUUCUUAGGCCUUGACUCGAUGAAAAAGAGACACUCUCUCGCAGAUGACCAGAGUCGAAGCCGGAAUGAUACACGAGCAGAGAUACCGUCGUACCGAAGUCGCAAAAGUGACAUAACACCAGAAUUCUCGCCAGAUCAAGAAAUGAGAGACUCUCCAAUUCCCGUGGCACCGGGAAACCCUGCCUCGAUAAUAGAUCACUUAAGCCCACCAAGUUCGAGUGUUAAGAAUCUUUACCCGCAGGCCAUGGCGAACUUGGGCGGCUCUUCCAUUAGUGUGGAACAGUCCAUUCAAUACAAAAACUGGAAAUCGAGGAUAGAAAAACACUUGGAGCAGGACCAGCCGGUGGAGGCAACUCAUCACUUUUUGCGGCCGCCGGGGGACUUUAUCAAAGAUAACAUAGAGGAACUGAAGGAGCUAUCUUCACGAAUUUUCAAGCAAAACCUGAAAGCAGGCAAUACAUCUUUAGCAGGCGGCAUUUUUAGAUGGGAUGAGAGGAAUGCCGAAGUGUCCCCGAGUUCUUGGGAAGCAUUGAUGUCGGCUCAUGCUUCAAAAUGGAAUGCUGAUUCCCUCUCGGCGCUUUAUCUACGUUACGCUGACCAUUUUGAGGUAUCAUACCAACUCCGAGGACAAGUAUUACGGUCACUAGUGGACUCGUAUCGGCUUGGGGAAGCUAAGAAAUUUGUUUUCAAGCACUUGGCAGACGACCAGUCAUGCGGGCUGUGUGCAAUUUACCUGGGUGGACUGUAUGCGAAAAGCCGUAAUAUGGAACUGGUCGAGACCCAGGCUGGAAAGCUCGCGGGCUCUCUUCUGGGGCUCGGAAUACCACCGACGGAGAAGUUAUUCAACCCCCUCCUAAAAGCCUACAUUGAGUCUGGUUACGACGAGAAAGCCCAGAUUCUAGUUGAUGAAAUGGAAUCCAUCUAUGGCAUUGAUAUCGGCGUCAGGCCGUUGGGAUUACUCGCGUAUGGAAAAGCAUUAAAGAGUGACUGGCAAGGUGUCGAAGAGUACCUUCAGCGAAUAAACAACCUAGGGUUGGAUAAAAUCGGCCGCAAGCAUUUCACAAAAAUUUUCGACCGCAUAUUCCUUGAGUAUUUCCUUGGGAACUCCGGCGAAAGCAUCCAAAACUUUGUAUUCGAGGCGAUUGAAAAGUACGAUAUAGAAAUGGACGAUGUCCUUUUCGAGCAUAUCAUGAAUGCUUUCAUCCAAAAGGGAACCAUGAAUAUGGUCGACGAUUUACUAGCAGUUGCGAAAGCCGAGUCCUGGAAAGUCAAUUCAGAUAAGGAACAUUUCUUACACCUGUUGAGGGACCAUAGAAUGUCUUGCGAAAAGAGUACUGUAGGUCUAUGGCGGAUGUUCCGAUCAUCCCAGCAGAAGCAUGGCCGCGCUGGGGCUUCUCAGAGAUUACUCGGCUUUGACAAGGAUUCAUUCCCACUCGAAGAGGCUUACAAACUUCCAUGGACGGGGGAACGCACGGCUUGGUCGGAAAAAGUCGAGUCUGUACCGACGGCUGGGAGAGAGGUGGAUAAGUUCGUGGCUCUCCGCAAAAGAAUGAUUCACUGCCUCAACGCUGGUCGGGUGGACGAGGCGUUUGAACUGUUCAUCGCGGCUAAGGCGUCAGGGAAAGUCAUGAAACAAAUUCACAUCGAACUGGCUGUUGUUGCCAGCAUUAUGCGAGGGGGUUGUGCAAGCGAUGCUCAGAAAAUCCUGGAAGAAGCAGAAACAACAUUCCCGGAAUUUGACAAGUCGAAACUAGGGUAUUCCUACAAGCAAAUAUUUGAGAUCAGGUCCAAGGAGAAAGCACUGAAAAUGGCAAUCUUCAACUUUUACAGGGUUCUCGAGGCCAACAUGAUCCCGAUAAAACAUAACAUCGUCGUUAGUGCCAGUGCGUUGCUGAUCAAAACGGCCAAACCUGGGGCGGCUCUUCGACUAUUCCGCGCAGUCAACAAGGGCAAAUACGGAGCCACGGUACCAUUCGACGCUGUUGCUGUGAAGAUGAUUGCCAGGGCGGCAGCGGCUGUGGGGUCCCGGCGGGGUGUCCGAUGGGCUAUUCUAACGGCAAUGAGUCGAAGCUCUGCACUACACAGAGAUCUGGUAGCGGAAUUAUAUCGAAUAGUUGAGCAGCUCAAGUACAGGGCUACGCUGAAAUCCGAUGACAGUCCGGAUGCGGCCGAGGAGACGCGCUACUACGAGCUAGAAUACCUUGAAUACCUGGUGAAACUGCUUGACCGGAAAGAAGCCAUGCAGAGCGGCCGCAAGGAUGAUAUUGCUAUGGCGCCACUCAAGGGAAUGGCAGGGAAGACCCAGGACAUCGCUUAUGCUACGCCAAACGCAAAUUGUAACCUCCAAGAUCCAACUCUACAAGCCAGCGGUCUAGCCAACACGCUUGCAAACUGGUGCGAGAGGUCCGAGUUUGAAAUCGCAUCCGGAAAGGAAAGAAAGGGGCCCAUUGAACUCGAUGGAUAUAUCUGUUCUAAAGAGGGCAUCCUUGUCCUCCUUCGUUUAACCACCGCGAUGAUUGCGGAAUUCCCUCCAAGCUACCAGAACGGCUCUGCCAAUGGGCCAGCGAAGCCACAGAAAUAUCGCAACGAAGCCGAACAACGACGACGUGAACACCACGAAGCCGAUGUCGUGAUAAUUGGUGCUGGAAUAGCUGGGUGUACUCUUGCGGUUGCAUUGGGCAACCAGGGACGCAGCGUCAUUUUGCUUGAGAGGUCAUUGAAGGAGCCAGACAGGAUAGUAGGAGAGCUGCUUCAGCCCGGCGGUGUCAGAGCUCUCGAAGAGCUUGGUUUAAGGGACUGUCUGGAAGGGAUAGACGCUAUCAGGACAUACGGCUAUGAUGUUAUAUAUUUUGGCACUGGGGUGAAGAUUCCCUUCCCGAGUGAUGCCAACCAAAAGACGCUCGAAGGCAGAUGCUUCCACCACGGCCGUCUCAUUGUGCGCCUUCGGGAAGCUGCUGCUGCGAACCCAAAUGUCACCGUUAUUGAGUCAAAGGCCGUUUCAACGAUAAAGUCGACGCAUACGGGGGACAUUCUCGGAGUUCAGUGCGUCACUGACGGCAAACAGGACUUCUAUUUUGCGCCCCUGACCGUUGUUGCAGACGGAUACGCCUCGACCUUUAGGAAAGAAUUUCUCCCUAUCACGCCAGUCGCCAAAUCCAAAUUCUGGGGUCUAGAGCUCAUUGACGCAAAACUACCGAUGCCAGGAUUCGGUCAUGUCGUCCUGGGCGAUUUCCCGCCUAUUUUGAUAUACCAAAUAGGGGAGCACGAGACUCGGAUCCUAAUUGACAUACCAGACAACCUACCCUCCGCAUCUGUUGCUAAUGGUGGUGUGAAGGGGCACAUGCGGAAUGUUGUACUCCCUUCCUUGCCUGAGAGUAUACGGCCCUCGUUUGAAGCUGCGCUGGAGAAAGGUGGAUUCCGGUCCAUGCCAAAUUCGUUCCUCAGGCCCGUCACGAAUAGGAUUCCCGGCUUGAUGUUCCUGGGUGAUUCUCUGAACAUGCGUCACCCUUUGACAGGGGGUGGUAUGACCGUAGCGUUCAAUGAUGUCGUUCUCCUCCAAGAUCUACUCAGCCCAGAAGCUGUUCCGGACUUCGGCAACACUCAGCUUGUUUUACAACAGCUAUCCAAGUUCCACUGGCAAAGAAAGUCGUUAACUUCAGUCAUCAAUAUCCUUGCUCAAGCUUUAUACUCCAUAUUCGCUGCAGGCGGUUAG